UUUUUUUUCUUUGCUAUCACCCUACUGUGGGUUUAGAAGGACUUGUAAUUUUUCUUUAUUAACAUAAGAUAAUACAUAAUUUAUGCAUUAGGUACACUACAUUUUCUUUCCUGCAUAGGUAGAAUUGUAUUUCUAACUUGUUAUUAAAGUAUUUUAAAUGCCAAACAUGUCUCUUAUAUUCUUCCAGGAUUUCUGCUCCUUUCUUCGUUAGCUAUUACAUUAUUGAGAAUAGGGACGGUCAAAAUUUGGGCAGAAAAAUCAAGCUGAUAGAACAAAAUUUCAGCAUUAUGGAUAUGUCUUUUGGACUUUUCACAGUGCAGUGUGAAGACAUUCCCAUUACACAGCUGUCCUAAAAGCGUGCAGUGCCAUAAGCAUGCAAAGGGCAAAGACAGGGCAGUUUGUGUGGGAACGCAGCUUGCCAAGACCAGUUCUGUGCCUUUCAAAGUAAGGGAGAACAGCUGGUGGUUCCGUACUAUAACCUUCCUCCCUUUGCCAUUUGCCCUCCAGGAGGCUGUUGGUAUAACGGAGGUUCUUUGGAGUGGUACGACAGCGACAGUGUUGUUUCAUUUAGUGAUGAGUCAAAUGUCAUCACAUUGACAAUGAACUUGGAUUCAGACCUUUAUAGUUAUAAUUCUUCACAGCAAAUUUCUGUGGUAGGUUUUGAGUUCUUUUCCUUCCUAGUCUGUAUAACCACAACAAAUCCUACUACAGGAUGUUGAAAAAAGAUUCCUGUAUUACGAUUUAUCAUUCACUUGUGCGAUUUCAGUCACCUGUCCGGGGAACAUAACCUCUUUGGCAGUAAUAUAAACUAAGAAGGUUUCUGCAUGAAAACUGUGAUUAGCAUUAAUGUAUUAUCAAUGAAUUUGAAUGCUUAAGAUGGAAACUUAUCUAAAUCUUCCUCUUUACCUUUGUUGUUUAUCUCUUCAGCAUGGGACAGUGGGGUUUGUGUAUAAUUACAAACUCCUUAUCCUGCUAUUAAUCUCUGUUUGUUUCAGUUGGUUUUGCCCCUUUUUCUACUUUCAUAUACUUACAUAUAGGUGCUCAUUUACAUGCUUCAACUUCAAGAUAAAUUUCAUAUUUCUUUGCAGCUUUGGGGACAGCUACCAAAAGGUGUCAUUUAUAGACAACAGUGGCCUCUGAAAAUACUGCUUACAACUAAACAUUGUUACCUGGUUUUGUAUAGUUGCUAGAACAGGUCUUGUCUGGUUUUCCAGAAUGUGUCACAACACAUAACUAGCUCCUCUCUCUUCCAUCCCUACAAAACUGUUGAACAGAAGUAGCAUCAAAUUCUGUAGCUGCAGACUGAGGCAUUCAUAAGUUAGGGCCUCUUAUUAUUGCAGGAAUCUGGAGGUUCCUGAAGGCAAGUCAAGAGUAUGAGGCAGCUUAGGUGCUCCACGUUACAGAGCUGUCUCUCUGUAUUUGGAGAUACCUCUCUUCCCAGUUUCUAUGGAGCAGGCUUGUCUCUAAGGCAUCCUGCAGCUAAAGCUGGUGCUUGUGUAACCCCUAUAACCCUUGCUGAGCAUAGGUGAUACUUCAGGGCAUUUACAUUCAGAUUACAAAACUGUCCUGCCACUAUUAUUAAGUUCAGUAUUACUAAAUUAGUUCUGUAGGGGAGAAAGUGGAAGAAGCCUUCUUUGUAACAUAGGAAACUUUUGCAAUCAUCUGGGUUUAGCAUAAGUCAAAAAAAAAAACAAAAAACAAACAAAAAAAAAAAAAAACAAAAAAAAAAAACCAAACCCUCCUCUACUGACACUCUUAAACAGAUAUCUUGUUUCUGAAUUCAACUCUUUCAGAAAUGGCAAUACCAUGUAAGAAAACAUCUCGUUCCUGACUGCCUAGAAGGACUUUAGCAGUCCUGAAGGUGUUCUGGGGUUUACCACAACUAGUGGUACCAUUUUUCUUAUUCCUUUGGAGUUUUUUAGCACUUAUCACUCCCUGUUGCUAGAGCAAUUGCACUAAACUUCUCUGGUCUAAUGGCAAUAAAAAUAAAUAAGCAAUACAAGUCAAGAGCAAGGUUUGCUCUCCUUAACUUGGCCUUGACCAUCUAUAUCUUUAGCUCCUAGCGCAGCCUGUAACCACAGAAAACCAAAAAUGGCAGUGUCUCCUUGGCAGUAUCAUUGACCACAGGUUAGAGGCCCUUGUUCAAGAGGAAAGAUGAAGGAAAAAGAUUGAGUAUUGCUUAUAACAGCCUAGCUCUGGUUUAGCAGACUGCAUUGUAUCAGUCUAUACUGUUUUCUUUGGUACAGAAGACUCUGUAACAAAGGUUUGUCUAACUAUAAAAUAAAGCUUUUUGCCUCCAGAAACCUCAAGCAGAAGGUAAGUAAAUUAACCUUCCUAUUCUGUGGCAUUAAUUUAGCCUUUUGAAAUUAUUUUCCUAUUCUAGAGUAAUACUUAAAGUCUAAAGUAGUCCAGGUAGCUUAGAGAUGUACAUGUAAUUAUUCUGGAUAAUUCUAACAGUGAGAUCAAAAUAUUUUUCACUCAAUUUUGAGGAUUAACAGUAACAAAAAUGCAUUUUCAGUAUUUACUGAAGCAAUGGAUAUCUACUGAUGCUGUGUACGUAUGACUCACCAGUCUCUCAUUCUUAGAAAAGGACAUUUCUUUUACCAGAAGGAUACUUCAAUCAAUAUUAUGUAACGGUACUCAAAAUACACGGCUCUGCACUGUGCUGUCACUAUUUUAAAAGCAUUGUUGACUGCCUACAUUCAAUUAGAAUUGAAUGUACCUUUCACAAAUGUUGAUGUAAUUUUGAACUAAUAGGGUUACUUUUGAAAACCAAAUAUGCAUUCUGUAGCUGCUCAUGCCUUAAUAAAAGUAUGCCAUGUAUUAAAGAUGUUUCUUAAACAUUUACUCAGAAGUACUAAGAAAAAGUAGAAGUGUUAACGUUAGGAGAAUUAGAAAUCACAUCAGUUGUUAUAGUUUCAAAGAAACACUUCAUGACACUGGGAGUAUACUUCUGAAAAUGCUGUUCUCAAAAUAACAGUAAUGGUUCAGGGAAAAUUACAUUAAUAUUAAUUGUAUGAUUUAAUAACUUGUGACAGGCUCACUAGCAGAGCACCAUAAGUAACAUAACUUUAGCAGGUUGCCUUCAUAAUGUAAUGAUUCAGAUCUCUCAAUGUUUGACAUUUAAGCCCCAAGCCAGAACCUGAUACAGUUUCAUUUUUUAAAUGUCUGUCCUGCUGUUCUGGUUCAUGUAGUAGUGAUUUCAGACACCUGUGCUCACUGAAAUGAUACCCUAUAAUCCAGAUGAUGGCACAGACGUUUUUUUCUUUUCCAGUCUACUCAUAUUCUAGUUCUCUGUCAUGCUUACUUGUUUAUUUAAAUUCCCAUGUUUUUCUUAUUUUUGAAGUUGACUUCCCAAGCACUGUCCCCACUUUCCAGACACCUUUCUUCCUCUUGGUCACCCAUUAAUCAAAAGAUUCUUCAAGCUGCCACUAGUGACUGUUUUUCAAGGACUGUUGGUUUUUCACCUUCAAGUGUGUGCGUCUUACCACCUCCACCAUUUCCAGACAGUUUUCUUUGUGAGUUAGAAGAACUCAAUUCCUUGGCAUUAACAACAUCCCAACCUGUAACAAUCUCCCCAGGUAAUAGCACUCACGAAGUUAAGGAUGAUCACUUUAUUCCAAAUACAGAGGUCUCUCUCAGGUCUCCUACAGCUCUUCCUCUGUCCUUUCUUGUAUCUACGUCUGUCUCAUCUUCAGCCAGCUCUUCUCAUGACAUAGCAUAUAAGCAUACCAGCAACAAUACCAAACCAGGAAAAGAUAAAGACUUGAGAGGUAUACCUCACUCUUCAGUUAGCAAAGUUCCUAGAGACUUGUCAGAAACUACAAGAGAAGGUGAACAUCUUGGUGCUAUCUGUAACAUCCCUUUGCCACAUGAAGGUGGAUCUGUCUCCAGAGGGCUAGCUGCAGCUGCUGAAAAUGAAGAGGAAAUCUGUACUGAAGAUCUGUCAGUUAAUAUAGGGGAUCAGUCAAAGCCUCAAGAGUCAGAUUUCUACAGAGGAGCACAAGAUGCAACAGAAGAACUGACAAGACUCUAUAUAGAGGAGGAUCUGGGACAUGACAAUUUAGAAUUCCCAAUAGCAAGUGGAGGGGACUCCAUGGUAUGCUAUGAAGGAUAUACUUCACCGAAUAUUGAUAAGGUAUUUUAAUUUCUGAAAAACCUGGCUUCUGUGUUGAGAUAGCUUACUCAGUAUAAUUAUUCUCUGCCUUUUCUUGUACGUACAUGUUUGUAUUGUGCACAGGCACAGUUUUGUACUACUGCAUCUCAUAAAAAUUGUCAGUGUUAGGGGAUAGUCCCUUCUCAGAAGCAGGCAUAUACACUAUUGUAAAUUCCAUGGCGUAUCAAUUCUGCUGGCCCUUUCCCUUCUGUCCUUGUUAGCUGCCAUCAAGCUUCUGAUACAGAAAAACAGUGGACCAUUUUCCUCAUUGGCCCAUUUUGAGCCAGAGGCCCCAGCAAGAAAAUGUUACCAACAGCGUUCAGAGGGAGGGACAUGCCUCCUGCAGAGACUCAGCAGUUUGUACUUCACAUGGGUCACUUCACCAGCUGAUAUAUUUAUAGUAGUUUCUGUUAUGAGAAUGUGACUAAUAAUAACAGAUCAGAUUAUGUUUGGCAGCUAAACAAAUGCUUCCCCCUAAAGCCCUCCCCUUAAAGCCAGUUCCUCUUUGGGACAGAACAACACUGAACUAUCCCAAAUGUGUGCUAGCCAUUAAAUACCACAAUAUUGCUACACAAUUUGUGUGGUUUCCGAGCAAAGUUUUAGAAGAUUUUUUCUGUCCAGCAUUUAUUUCAACAGACUGUUCAGGCAGUUGCUUUGGCUGGCAUAUGCAAACAUGUAAAUCAGAUACUUAGGACAAUAUGUUAUAGGCCAAAUGUAAAAUUAGUUAAUUAGAAACAUUUUGCAGGCUGCCUCUACCCUUACUUGACCUGGAAAACACAGGAGAAAACCAUAGGAAUAGAGGUGAGAUGCAUGGCCACAAAUGGAACUUGUUUUGAUUUCUGAGGAAAGAAUUUUCUUCCAGAAAAGUAGAUUGACUAAUAAUAAAAUUAGCAUCACAUUUCUGACUGUUUAGGUUAGUUACAUGGCUCCUCAUUGAGCAUUUUAUGUCCUUCACAGCUGGUUUUAUAGCAGAAUUACUUCUCAUUUUUCUUAAACAUUUAAGCCAGCUCUACUUGCUGCGGGAACACCGGGAGACUCUGAUCCUUCUUUCCACCUUUCUGCUAAUCUUCCAUUUCACUCUGCCAAGGCAACAGCUUCUCACUCUGUUCCUACAACAUCCCCGUCUGCUGCUUCCCUCUCACCUCCUCUCCUUUCUAAACCCUUACAUCAGCAAGAGAAAGACUCACCGAAGUUAAAGGUAACUGCACCUCUUGAGUAUGGAUUGUUGCAAAUCUUCAUAUAUAUUAAAUAACUGCAAGGCUAACACUGAGUUUGAUCUUUUCAGAUGUAUUGUUUCCUUACUAAUAUUAAAUAACAUAGCACGUGGAGUAUUAAGAUAGGCCUUCUUCAAAUGAAACACAAGGUAAAACUAUAACCAUUAUGAUAGAAUGAAAUAGCUUAAGGAGAUACCAGUGACAGGAAAGCAGAAAGCCUUCAACUCAAUUUCAAGUCCAUACCAGGACAUCAGUAACUCUUACUUAAUUGAAAGAAACGGAAUCGUAUUCAAGUACACAGAAACUAAGUCACAUUUGUAGUUUAAAAGCGUUUUCAAUUUCCAUUCAAAGCCUGGGAGAACAGUCAUAAAUUUCACAGUAAAGCACCACUGGAGAUGGUCAUGUUCUAAAUACCAAUUCUGUUAGUCAAGGACUGGGCAAAGAUUAUUCCCUCUUCAGGACUAUGCUUUGUGUCAGCAUUGCAGAUCUAUGGCAGAAAAAUAAAAUCUGGAAAGUUUCUCUGGAUAGACAAAGUCAAUUUCCAGUGCUGACAUCUAGAGAGUCCAUUUGCUCAUGAAAAGGAGAAAAAGUAAUAUAAAGAGUCUGAGAAACUAUCCUAGAAAAAGUGAUCAUUACAUCUAUGGGGAAAAAAAAAAAAAAAAAAAAAAAAAAAAAAAAAAAAAAAAAAACACUACAAUUACAAAAAACCCCACAUGUAUGUUUUUAAACAUCUACCACAUCUUACAAUAUGUUCAUGGAAAACCCAGAUAUAACAGACUUAAAGAAGUCCACCAGCUCUGUUGUUUUUUUUUCUGAAUUAGGACACAGACAUAAGGGUUCUUUCCAGGACAUGACUCUGUCAGUGGCUUAGGCAUGUUUCACCUCAAAGAAGGGGCAAAACACAGUAUUGCAAUUUUGAAUAAUUUAUCAGUUGUGCAGUGCUUUUGAUGGGUACUUUUUGCUUAGCCUAACCAACAAAAUUGAGAAAAUUGCUCAUCUACACCGAAAUUCUUUUUAGGUGACCUUGAUAUUCCUUGCCCUUGUUUGAGCAAGGUAUGUUAAUCCCAGCUGAAAAUAAAUAGAAGGAAUAUCUGUUCUCAGAGUUAAAAGAUCUGCUCCGGGAGCCUCCUAGACGCUGUACUGCACUUCACUGGGCACGGCGGGAAGCAAGACAUGGAGUAACCAAGGGAGGUGACUCCAUCUUGCAGACACAAGAGCCUGAGUACUGAGAAGGACUAGACGUCUGGGGAGUUGUUACUGAGUUCUAGCUCUUAAAUAUUGUUUUCAAACCAUUUCAAGUCUGGAUUAUUUUUUAAGUCUAGGGAACAGAUUCCUUUAUAAACUUAAUCAGUAUAAACUUAUCUAUUUGAAAAUUAUUUAAAUUAUUAGGUACAUGCCUACCAAUGACAUAUUUUUUAUACAGUAUUGCCAAAAUGAGAUAAAGAUUUAUUUCUUCCCAAAAGGUAAGCAAACUUGUUUCAGCAAUAAACACUGACUACAUUUCCAGGAUAGACAGUUGGAUUGAAGUAAAUGUAACCAGGUUUUGGCUGCCAUUUCUUGCUACUUAGUCUACAGGCUGAACUUGAGAAGGAAGGACAGUUCCUAUCUUCUUCUCUUUAUGCACGUUGUCAAUACUUAAAGUCUGCUCUCAACAGCUACAGUAGAAAGAACAUGAGACAUUUCCAGGACUCAAAUAUCACAAGUGAAGGAAGGUUCUUCAGGGCGUUCUUGAAACUGUAUACUGAUACUUCGGUAAUUUUUGUUGAUGUAAAAAUUGAUACAUACGUGUAUGUGUACAUAUCUAAUUGGAAUGUGGCUCAAAUCUAAAGCACGACUGGGGAUUUGGGCAGUAGAAUGCAAUGAGCUAUGGAUGGGCAGUGUCACUUUGCUCCAUGUUGCUGGAUGUGUCCUCCAAAGGAAGAACUCUGAAGACACUUCCCAAGGAGAAGUGCUAAUGUUUUUCUGUCUCCUUGGCCUCCCUUGUUAUCCCUAUUUUUUUUGUGUGUGUGUUAUUCACCCUCUCAGCUCCUAAGAAGGGGCUGUUCUUCUGUCUUGCCGCAUUCUACUGGCAGUCACAAAUACCAAAGAAAGGUUUCCAAUAUCAGCAUUCCACUCCUCUCGCAUUCCCUCUGACUCACCCCUGCCCCCUGAGAAUUCACAUUUGCUGCACAGCCCCCCUUAGAAGCUGAAUUCUGAUAAACAUUUAGCUGAUUUAUAGUGAUAUUAACAAAAUGAGGAUUUUACCUUGAAGUACUUCCCAUUAAGUAUUUACUGCUUUCUAAAUGCACAUUUAAGGUCCAUGUUGUUUAACAGCAAGGAAUUACAACAUUUGUCAUUGGUAUUUCUAAGACAGCAUUUCUCUUCUAUGCUGUUGAGCUUUUCUGUAUGAUUAACUGAGCUGCUUCAGUGGGUACACUUGCAAUAACCGUUCUUACUCCAACUGCAUACACUGUGCAUGAUUAAUCUUUUAACUGUAAUGUGUUAGAGCAUAUGCCAGAGCAGCAAACCCUUGGAAAAAAGAUACAGUGGCAACAAUGAAAAUACCAUAUGCUAAUAGUACUGUUAUUUGCACCUGAAACACAUUUGCUUUUUGUUAUCAAGAAAAGCAUGUCCAGUUUGCAUGUAUGAAUGAAGCAACAAAAAUCCCAGGAUGCUUCAUUCUUUAACCCUCACUUGACACAGUUUUUGUGGU